CUCGUGGCGGGACGGUGGGACCAGGGCAGAUCGCCUGCACAGGCCCAGCGCGAGCAAUGGAGGCGAAUGCUGCAGGGACCCGCAAACAUAAAUCUGCAAACGCUCAGCGCCUGGCAAAGCAAUCGGUCGCUUGCUCGCUCUCCCGGUUACUGUUUACUUAGCGCUGCAGGUAAAUGAGCUGUGUGUGCUGGGCAGAGAUAUGACCCUGCCCCUCGGCCGAGGCAGCCGGCCCCCGUGUCCUCAUAGGAAAUAGCUGGAAUUCUUCGGGCUGCCGGGCAAGGGCCGGGAACAAAAGGCCGGCGCACUCAGCUGUUUCCAGUUUAACUCCUCUGCCCUCUCCUUGCGCCUCUCCCGGGGAGGGGGGCCUGGCCAUGCUGGGGGAGCAAAGCAUUGUGGGAUGGUUUUGCUGAGCGACUUCUUGGAGCCCCCCCCGGCCAACCGAGGCCUGGGCCCCCGGUCAGGAGGACGAGCAUGUGCCUGCACAGGCCGGCCAAGCGGGCUCAAGGGCACGGCGGGGGGAGCCUUUUCCCUUGGCCGUGGGAGCGAGCCGAGGGCAGCGUGCAGCCGUGUCCCACAUGCAUCUGCCCUUCGCGGUGGUUCAAAGGCAUCGCCCCCUCCCCUUAGCCUUGCAUGCUGCAGUGCAAGGUGCUAAGAGCCCAGCUGGCCUCAACAUGCCUGGAGUCGCGGCGCUCAGCCCAGCCUGCAGCCGCUGUGCCCGGCUCCCCCAGGAGACUUGCAGAGCACGCACGGUCGAACCGGGAUUGCCAGAUCGACCAGCACCACCGCAACCAAUGCCAGUACUGCCGCCUGAAGAAGUGCUUCCGCGUGGGAAUGAGGAAAGAAGCCGUGCAGAGGGGCCGGAUCCCGCCCACCCACUCGAACACCAGCCCCACGGCCAUGCCCAGCGGGGAGUACUUCAACGGGCAGCCCGUCUCCGAACUCAUCUCGCAGCUGCUGCGGGCUGAGCCGUACCCCGCCGCCCGCUACGGCUCCCAGUACGCCCAGCAGGGCAGCAUCAUGGGCAUCGACAACAUCUGCGAGCUGGCCGCCCGGCUGCUCUUCAGCACGGUGGAGUGGGCCCGCAACAUCCCCUUCUUCCCCGAGCUGCCCGUCUCGGACCAGGUGGCCCUGCUGCGCCUGAGCUGGAGCGAGCUCUUCGUGCUCAACGCGGCCCAGUCGGCGCUCCCGUUGCACAUGGCACCGCUGCUGGCUGCCGCCGGCUUCCACGCCUCGCCCAUGUCCGCCGACCGCGUGGUCUCCUUCAUGGACCAGAUCCGCAUCUUCCAGGACCAGGUGGAGAAGCUGAACCGGCUGCAGGUGGACUCGGCCGAGUACAGCUGCCUCAAAGCCAUCGCCCUCUUCACCCCAGACGCCUGCGGCCUCUCGGACCCGGUGCACGUGGAGAGCCUGCAGGAGAAGGCGCAGGUGGCGCUCACCGAGUACGUGCGGGCCCAGUACCCGUCGCAGCCCCAGCGCUUCGGGCGCCUGCUGCUGCGGCUCCCGGCGCUCCGGGCCGUGCCCGCCUCGCUCAUCUCCCAGCUCUUUUUCAUGCGGCUGGUGGGGAAGACGCCCAUUGAAACACUAAUCCGGGACAUGCUGCUCUCCGGCAGCACCUUCAACUGGCCCUACGGCGCGGGGCAGUACGGACGGAGAGGCUGGCGGAGCCGCAGCCCAGCCCGGGCACUGCUGCUGCUUGCUCGGACACCGGCUCGGCCCCAGGCCCAGGCGUGUGCAAUGUGCCCUGGGCAGCCCCCUGCAGCUGCCAGGCCUGGGAGUGAGACCCGUGCCCCCUUCUUCUCCCUCCGAUGGAAACGAACAAGCAGCUUCCCCAGGCGUCGCCCAUCCGCGCAGCAGGGAUCAGCCGUCCGGCGGGGUGCUCCGUCUGUCUGGCGGGGGACAUCUGUCUGUCUGGGACGCAGGCAGGGACAGCAGGCCAGGCUUUCCGGAUCCUAACUGUUUUUACAUCUCUUUCAAGAUGAGGAGACCCCCUGCCCUGGCUCCCGGUUCCCGGCCUGGGAUGGGAUGGAGCCCACGGUCCCAGGGCCACCAGGGGAGACGGGUACAGGGAUGAGGGCGUGCUGGCCUCACCCGCCUUUGCAGUUCAUGCACCACCGAAGUCUCUGGAGCCAGGAUGCAUCCCCCUCCCCUGUCCAGGGGUAGGAGAGGAAGGUGGUGCCGAUUCCAGGGAGGGGAAUGGGCCUGAAUGCAGCCCCGUCCUACUGCAAACACAGACUCAAGUGGGCACUAAGGGCUGGCAGAGGGAGGUCCUACUCUGGCCUCUCUGGGCUGCAGGGACCUCGCACCCAGCGCUCUGCCCAGCUGCCACCCGUGAUGCAGUCCUCUGACCCUUGGGGAGGGGGUGUCCCCAUCACGCCGGGGCAUUUCCCUCCCCCCACAGCAUGCAUGAACCCCGCUGCCCCCCUCCAGCUGGUCCCUGGAUCACGCAGGGGAACAUGAGCGGCUCCGGCGGGCGUGGGAAGAGCCCUGCCUUUCUCAUCUGCCGCUGCCGCCCCCUGCUCCCUUCUGCCGAGCUGUGCGGAGGCAGGGAGCUCUGGGAGGCCCCGGCAUCUGCCAAAGCAGAGGACUAUUGUGGGGAGGGGGAAAGCAUCGCUGCCAGGCCAGCCAGGGACAGGGCUGUGCAUGGAGCCCGUGCCGGGGGAAGCCGGCUUCCACCUGCCCCAGCUUCCCCUUGCCGGUCACGACUGGAGCUGCCCUGGUAAGAGCCGGUGCCAAGUCGGGCUGAGCCGGCUGCGGGAAGGCGCAGGGGCCCUGCCCGGCUGCACCCAGGCACGAGGAGCGCCCGGGCGGUCCGGGGUUUGCCGUGUCCAUUGAUCCUCUGAGAACGCCGUCCCGGUCGGAUGCUUGGCAGAGGCACCCCCUCAAUAAAGGCGUUUCGUACAA